CUUUUCUUUCUGGAGUUACCCCGGUGGGUGUGAGUUGUUGCGGGGUCUGGGGGAGCUGGGAGGCCCGGUUUGGGAAGUUUUGCAGGCAGGUGCAUGAGCCAUCUUUCUCUGAAAGUGUUUAAGAAAUGUUCAAGAACAGCGGCCAGAGUCAAGAAACUGGGGGAUGAAGGGGAUCGAGACUAGACGGAAGGAAACGUAUCAGGGGAGGGGUGGAGGCCAGAAGGAAGGAGUUAGGUAGGGGCCCUUUCCCAAGCUGGCGUUUUUGCUGGGUGGAAUCCUUUUGCUAGAUCCCUUGGAUUUCCGUUUUCCGUGUGUUAUCACACUGUUGGAACUGGGAAGAAGAGAAAAAGAGGCAAGAUUUUGGCAUUUAGUAACUUAAGUCUGAAUACCGAGUUUUCAUCCGGGUGCAUACGUACCUAAAAUACCAAAUGGGUCCAGGAAGGCGGACAAAGUACGCUUUAAUUUAUGAGAAGAUCAGCUACUAGAAACUGUAUAUCUGUUUUUCUCGAGUUUUCUUCUUGCAGUGCUCUUUCAAUCUCAUUGGACCUAUUUUAUAUUAUUUUCCUGCUUAAGCACUGGGGGUUGGGUGGAAGGAUCUGUGGCUCAUCAUAGCCAAUUUCCACACUUUUAAGGUUUCUGACUCUUCACAUAAACACCUCUCACUAUGAUGAGGUCUUGUAUCAAGUACAAUUAAUCUUUGUACUUUACAAUUCACAUAGUGAUUUUUAUUCACAUUAUCUUAUUUAAACUUAAAGUCCUUGGCACGGCCCGUGGAACAAGCUCCAUUUUUUUGAUAAAGAAACUGAAGCUAGAAAAGUUUCUAUGUGUGCAGAGAGGGGAGGUGAAAUUAUUUUAAUGCUUCAAAGUUAUAUAAUGCUUCCCCCCUCCCUGUAUUUUUCUUUCCAUUGAUCUUCCUUCAAAACCCUUAUAGGUCUAUCCCAGUUUUGCAAGUAAGAAAACAUGGGCUGUGAUCUAGAGCUAAUAAGUUUUGGGGUAGUAGGUCCUCAGACUUGGGUCCGUCUCCAAGGGUCACUGACUUUGUUUUGUUUUGUUUUAUUUGUUUUUUGUCAACAGAUUAGUCCUUGUGGCACCAAGUCAGAAUUUCAUUCAAAAGACAAUUAGGAAGAUGGUUUUCUAUGGAAAAUAUUUAAGUGUAGGUCUUAAUGUGAAAGAAAGAGGAAGAGAAAGAAACCCCUUUAUUAUGUUCUCCCUUCCUUAGGCAUUUUUUGACCUGUGGGAAAAAACUGUACUAGGGAGAGAGACCUCUGUUAAGUUUUAGAGAAAAGGGAUCUUUUUUUUUUUUUUUUUUUUUGAGACAGAGUCUUGCUCUGUUGCCCAGGCUGGAGUGCAGUGGCACGAUCUCGGCUCACUGCAACUCCGCCUCCUGGGUUCAAGCAAUUCUCCUGCCUCAUCCUCCAGAGCAGCUGGGAUUACAGGCGCUCGCCACCACGCCCGGCUAAUUUUUGUAUUCUUAGUAGAGACCGGGUUUCACCAUGUUGGCCAGGCUAGUCUGGAACCCCUGACUUCGUGAUCCGCCCGCCUCGGCCUCCCAAAGUGCUGGAAUUACAGGCGUGAGCCACCGCUCCAGGCCGAGAAAAGGGAUUUAAAAUGAGAAGCUUGAAUCUUAUUGAACAUAAUUGUAGGACUGUCAGAGAGGACUGGUGGAUGAGGAAUAUGGCAAGGGACAUGAGAUGGGAAAAACUAAAUAGGCUGUGGUUUGGAAGUCUCAAAGUGAAAUUCAAGGUGCAAGGCACUUAAAAGUUAAAUCCAGCGAUUCGGUACGUAGCUUAGGCCCUAUUAAAUGACCCAGUGCUUUAAGAACUAUCUUUUGAAAGGAACACUUCACACAUGCAUCCUCAAAAAUAAUUAGACACCUCCCCAUUUCUCUGUUAAAUGGUGAAAGACACCCAAGACUAGACCUAACUACUGUCACCCUCUCCUGGCCUCUUGGCAGCCAAAAGGCCACAUGGCCCAGGCUCUCCAGCAUCACUGUGUAGCCGACUUGGACAAAAAUUGACUUCUCCCCAUUGCCACUUGCAGAUCUCUUGAAAGAAUCAGCAGAUCUGAUAGUGUGCCCCUCUUCAUCCCUGGCAACCACUGUUAAAGAUUGGGAAAGAUCCCGCCCCGCCGGGAGGGAGGCAAAAGCCUCUGACGCUCCCCUCCCCCCAUAGCUGACCAAGGCCAGGGCCACUGCGGGAGCACCGCGCGUCCACGUGCACCCAGCAUGCCCGGUCACCCUUCUUACGUAAGAGUCCCAGGAUGGAGUUGUACCUGCUGCCGGCCCCUCUUCCCCGACGGCUAAUAAUAAACCCAGGUUCCUGUUUCCCGGCCGCGGCCACUCCAGAUUCGGGGUUGAGGGGCUCACUCUGCAACCAAGGCACGUGCAUUCCGGUCAUCCCACGCGGGGAGCGCGCGCAAGGCCCGCCCAGCCCCCACAUGCCAGCCCCACCCUCCAGUCGGUCGGGACGCCAACGCCUUUUUGACCCUCGCUGUGCCCGGCCCUCCUCAACUGGCCUGCCCAGGGCUUGGUGCUGGCGGGGUCCAGCUGCUCCAAUCCCUCCUCCUCUCCCUGCCCUGCCCUGCCCUGCCCUGCCCUGGCCUGCCCCGGCGCCCUCCCUCAGCCCGGGUAUCAGGCGAGAGGCGGAGCUGGCCCGGCGUGCCCCGCCCCCGCUGUAGAAAGGGCCGGGCGAGUGUUACUCGCGGUCAUCCCGGCCCGGGCCUUUUAUCUCGGUGCUGCCGCGGGAGGCGGGAGGAGGAGACACCAGGGGUGGCCCUGAGCGCCGGCGACACCUUUCCUGGACUAUAAAUUGAGCACCUGGGAUGGGUAGGGGGCCAACGCAGUCACCGCCGCCCGCAGUCACAGUCCAGCCACUGACCGCAGCAGCGCCCUUGGGUAGCAGCCGCUUGCAGCGAGAACACUGAAUUGCCAACGAGCAGGAGGGUCUCAAGGCGCAAGAGGAGGCCAGGGCUCGACCCACAGACCACCCUCAGCCAUCGCGAGUUUCCGGGCGCCAAAGCCAGGAGAAGCCGCCCAUCCCGCAGGGCCGGUCUGCCAGCGAGACGAGAGUUGGCGAGGGCGGAGGAGUGCCGGGAAUCCCGCCACACCGGCUACAGCCAGGCCUCCGGCGCGGGCCUUGGAGAGCGCGUGAAAGCGGGCAUCCCCUUGACCCGGCCGACCAUCCCCGUGCCCCUGCGUCCCUGCCCUCCAACGUCCGCGCGGCCACCAUGAUGCAAAUCUGCGACACCUACAACCAGAAGCACUCGCUCUUUAACGCCAUGAAUCGCUUCAUCGGCGCCGUGAACAACAUGGACCAGACGGUGAUGGUGCCCAGCUUGCUGCGCGACGUGCCCCUGGCUGACCCCGGGUUAGACAACGAUGUUGGCGUGGAGGUAGGCGGCAGUGGCGGCUGCCUGGAGGAGCGCACACCCCCAGUCCCCGACUCGGGAAGCGCCAAUGGCAGCUUUUUCGCGCCCUCUCGGGACAUGUACAGCCACUACGUGCUGCUCAAGUCCAUCCGCAACGACAUCGAGUGGGGGGUCCUGCAGCAGCCGCCUCCACCGGCUGGGAGCGAGGAGGGCAGUGCCUGGAAGUCCAAGGACAUCCUGGUGGACCUGGGCCACUUGGAGGGUGCGGACGCCGGCGAAGAAGACCUGGAGCAGCAGUUCCACUACCACCUGCGCGGGCUGCACACUGUGCUCUCGAAACUCACGCGCAAAGCCAACAUCCUCACUAACAGAUACAAGCAGGAGAUCGGCUUCGGCAAUUGGGGCCACUGAGGCGUGGCGCCCGCGGCUGCCCAGCACCUUCUUCGACCCAUCUCACCCUCUCUCAUUCCUCAAAGCUUUUUUUUUUCCUGGCUGGGGGGCGGGAAGGGCAGACUGCAAAUUGGGGGGCUGCGUACGUGCAGGAGGCGCGGUGGGGCUGCGUGGAGGAGGGGGCCUCGUGUGAGAGAGAAGAAAAUGGUGGCCGGAGAUGGGAGGGCCCAAGGAACCUCCUGGGAGGGGGCCUGCAUUCUAUGUUGGUGGGAAUGGGACUGGGCUGACGCCCUGCAUUCAGCCUGUGCCUUUCCUGGGGUUUCUUUUCUGUUCUUUUCGGAGAAGGGCCCGAGAAGGGGCCAUACCAGGGCGCGGCGCUGGGUUGCCACACUUGGGAAAGCAGCCCGGAGCUGGGUGCUGGGGAAGGCGGGGCGCGUAGCCUCCCGCCGCCCUGCGGUUGGGCCGGUGGAGGCCCAGGCGUUGCUAGGAUUGCAUCAGUUUUCCUGUUUGCACUAUUUCUUUUUGUAACAUUGGCCCUGUGUGAAGUAUUUCGAAUCUCCUCCUUGCUCUGAAACUUCAGCGAUUCCAUUGUGAUAAGCGCACAAACAGCACUGUCCGUCGGUAAUCGGUACUACUUUAUUAAUGAUUUUCUGUUACACUGUAUAGUAGUCCUGUGGCACCCCCACCCCAUCCCUUUCGUGCCACUCCCGUCCCCACCCCCACCCCAGUGUGUAUAAGCUGGCAUUUCGCCAGCUUGUACGAAGCUUGCCACUCAGUGAAAAUAAUAACAUUAUUAUGAGAAAGUGGACUUAACCGAAAUGGAACCAACUGACAUUCUAUCGUGUUGUACAUAGAAUGAUGAAGGGUUCCACUGUUGUUGUAUGUCUUAAAUUUAUUUAAAACUUUUUUUAAUCCAGAUGUAGACUAUAUUCUAAAAAAUAAAAAAGCAAAUGUGUCAACUAAA